AUGAAAUCGGACGGCUACUGCGGGAUGGCCCAGAACCUCGACAGCGCCAAGCUCCUAGCCGCCAAAUACAUGAGUAUGUACCGAACUUUUCCUACCGACCACGUGUUCAGCAGGAACGAGAGUCUACCCGCUGACCACGUGUUCGGCAAUGGAGCGACCGACACCAAGUCUGGCGCGUACAUGGCUCGUUACGCGGAUACCUACUAUAUCACGUGGCACAGGCCGAAGCUCGGGGGAUGUUGGGCCGGAAGAGUGUAUGCGUGGCCCAUCAGUAGAGUCAGAGAAGCAGGCAGGGAAGACCCGUUGUCAUGGAUACCCGAGAAGCACGUGACGAGUAUGAUAGUGUUCAACGCCCAACGCGAGUUCGACGCACAGCUGGGACUGGACAUCACACCGGGGAGACUCAGCUACGACAUGGAGAUGGAUCCUCUUGUACCUGUGGACUAUCUGCCCAGCAGGAGAGAGAACUGAUUACACUUUGUGUACUUGUGUCGGCUCUGUCUCCAGCGAUGUCAUGGUGAUGCGAGCAACCUGUACCCCCUAGGUCUGGGGCAUCGUAGCCACCCCCUCAAACUCUGAAAGCCAAGCUUCCCAUUCAAUAUACAUGCGUUAGUACAGUUGACACAGGCACAUAACAAUGGCCACGAUAUAGGCUGGCGGCCAGAAAUAGUCUGUGCCGUUCUUUC